ACACCCCCCUGCUGGCCAGUCAAACUUUCACAUAGCACAGUACACUGGUUACAAAACCUAUUACUGAGCUCAAGUUGCAACUGGUUAUUUCUGAGAGCAUUUUGCUAUAUUGUACACCAAAUUAGCUACAGUAAAGAAAAUGGACAGGACUGUUAGUCUCCCGAAUCAACCAGACAAAACAACCACAGUGCAGUUGGUGGAGAGCAGCAGCAUCCCCAAUGGGCUGGAACUAGUCAGCUCCUACCAGACCAACAGGGUGGGAGACCCCAUGGACCUGGUUGCUCUGGCAACACAAGUACAGAGGGGAGAUGACUUUGUCAGAGCCAACGCCUGCAACAGACUGACAGUCAUUGCUGAUCAAAUUAGAUACCUGCAGGAACAAGCCAGAAAGGUUUUAGAGGAUGCCAAGAAGGAUGCUGAGCUGCACCACGCUGCAUGUAAUGUAGUCAAGAAGCCAGGGAACAUGUAUUACCUGUACGAGCGGCCCUCCGGACAGAAAUACUUCUCUAUCCUCUCGCCUCAGGACUGGGGUACCGGCUGCCCUCACAAGCCUUGUGGUGCGUUCAAGCUUCAAUACGACAUGUCCUGGACCCCUAUAGAUGACGUGGCGAAGAAGGAUGCUGAAAUCGCCAUCAUGGACAAAAUCCUGAGCCAGCAGACAGCCCUGCCUCCUUGCUUAGAGCCCAACUUUGAGAACAUCUCAAAGUAGAGCUGCAACCUGGAACAGGACUGUUUUAAAGGGGCCACAUUGAGUGGCAUUAAAUGGUCUUAAUGGACAUACAGGGACAGAUUUAAUAGCUUGAGAAACAUAAGAUAACUUGGGGGAGGAAAAAAUGUGUAUUGUAACACACAAUUAAUUUUGUUUUUAUUCAUCUGGCACACACUUUUAGGCAAGCUCAGUAAAUCUGUUUUAAUGUGAAACUUUAGUCAUACAUAACUGUUUUGUGUGGAAUCCUUCAUUGUGUCAAAGACAGUUGAGUACAGUCUUCAAACUGCCCAAAUGGGAAAUAUCCCACGUAUAAUAGCAUUAGGAACCAAUUCAAGGUUCUAAAUACUUUCCAGUUUUGCACCAAAGGUCUUUCAAGGAAUGCAUUUGAUUUACUUCCUUAAAUUAAAGCAUAUUCCUUUUCACACAAUGGAUCAUUCUUGUUCUGCUACAUCACUCAAAUGACAUCUCUAAUAAUAGAUGUGUCCAUGUCUUAAUUCUAUUUUCAUGGGGGAACAGGCAACCUGUCCUGUAAUUGGGAGAGAAUKCAUUUUCUGUUUUUGGGACCUGCAAAAUGAUUGUACAGCUGUAAUAAAAUAUUUAGGUAUGGAAUGUUUCUGUGUUAAGCAUGAGGUUAACAAGCAGAAGUCAGUCACACAUUGACUUUAUUUAGAAGUUAAAUUAAAAUGAUUUCAAAAAUC